AUGGACUGCUUGCAGAGCACUAGCAAUAACAUAAUCUCGCUUCGUCGCCCCUCUGAUCGCCGGCCCCUUGAUGGUAGUCAGCCUACGCGUCACGGAGCUUCCUGGCCCCGCCUUCCUGGUAAUCGUGGGUCCACAGAAACGAGCGAGGGCGCUGCUCUAUGCGCUGCGUAUGCUUUAGUCGGUCUGACAGGGAGACAAACGCAUGGCUUGGCUGAGCUGGGAAGCAGUUCUGGCAUCCCAUGGAGUUCUGGCGCCGCGUCUGCGUGUUCGGCUUCAGGGACAAGAUUUCCGGGGUCGCAUCAGAUUGCCUUCAUAUAG